UCACUCAUCACGGUUCUCAUCCCUUCACAGUUUAAGAGAUUAGCAGAGCCCGUACACUGAAAGAUGCGACGACGCCGGAGAAUCCGAGAAGGCUCUCGUAUUUCGAGUCCCAAACCCCAUUUCUUCAAGAUAAUCGCCAAAGCAAGUCUUGAAAGUGGAGAGCUAAUGAUCCCGAAAGAGUUCACAAGGCAAUACGCAAAGAAAAUAGCAGAUGUUGCAGUCCUCAAGGUUCCCACUGGGAGAAAGUGGGAAGUAGAAGUUAAGAAAGUCGAUGGAUCAGUUACGUUUCAAAAUGGCUGGCGGGGAUUCCUUGAAUAUCACUCCAUUUCUAUUGGUCACUUUCUCGUUUUCAGAUACGAUGGGAAUUCGACUUUCUCUGUCUUUAUAUUCCAUCAGGGUGCUUGUGAGAUAGAUUAUCCAAGCGACAGUGAAGACGAUCUUGAAGAAUCUAAUCUUCACACUGAAUGCUUGAUCCCCGUAAAGGAAGAACCAGAGGAAGAGGAUCCUGUGGAACCCUUGUGGGCCUUUCCUUCAUUCCAGCCUCUGCCUUCUUCAACGGAUGAGGUUCUCGACAAUGCUCAAGAGCUACGGAUUACUAAGAGAGGGAGAGGGAGACCACGAAAAAGAAGUUCUGCUCGAAAGCAGACGAGAAACAGAAAGCAUCAGGAACUUAGAGAAUUGGGUGAUGGAAGUGGACUAACUGGAAACAAAGGCAAAGGUCCUAUCUUUGAUGCUGAGAAUGAAAUGGAAGUGAUUGAGAUUUCUUCCGAUAAUUCUAAAAAUGAAACAAGCAUGUUUACAGCAACAGAGACUUCCUCACUUAGCAUGGGCGACGAUGCUCAACAUCAGAACACAGAUGCAGACAAUUCCCUACCUUUUGUUCCACUUCCUUCUUGUGAAGAAGUAAGCCCUCAGUUUAAUAGGAGUGAACUUUCAGCAACUGCUAUUCGGGAAGUUGAAUCCAACUGUUUGGAGCAAGAAUGUAGAAGCAAAGAAUUUACAGCUAGGAACAGUACUUCAGCACCUGAACCCGAUGCAGGAAAACACCUUGAUUCUAAAGAUGAAGAGAAUGUGAGCAUGCCCUCAUCUCAGAGGUAUAAUAGGGUUGUGGCAGCAAGUAAGAGGUUGGUGAUGUACCAACAAAGAGAAAAGGCGAUUUCCGCAGCCCAGAUGUUUAAAACAAAAAAUCCUUCUGUUAUGAUAAUCAUGAAACCAUCUUAUGUGUACAAGGGAACGGUAUUGAAUUUUCCAAAAAUUUUUGCCAAAAAGUACCUGAACUACGGAUUGCACAAUGUCAAAGUAUCAGUUUCAGAUGGGAGAACAUGGAUACUUCGGUGCUCUAUAAAGGAACGUAAGGCCAUGAUAAGUGCGGGUUGGUCCAAAUUCGUUCGGGACAAUAAACUAAAAGAGGGAGAUUGUUGUGUCUUUGAACUAUCUAAGGCUAAAGGUAUGGAGCUCAAAAUUUCAAUCUUCCGUGUUGUUGAAGAAGCAGAACCAGAGUUAAAAUAUAAUCAAUAGGACUUCUGCUGAAUAGGGAGCCAAGUAGACUGGCUAUUAACUCCUUUUUUGUGUUGAACUGGUUUUUUAUUUACUUGUGAAAGUAUUGUAUGGAUCUUUACAUUGAUGGAGCAGAAGCAAGAUUUCCUUUUUGGUCAUGUUGGGU